GGGCGGCCGGGACCGGCGGUAGCCAUUCCUGUGUCGCUGCGCCCGCGGGGGCCGCCCGAACCGGCCACGAUGCCACUGGGCCUGAAGCCCACCUGUAGCGUCUGCAAGACCACGUCGUCCUCUAUGUGGAAGAAGGGCCCGCAGGGGGAGAUCCUCUGCCACCACUGCACGGGCCGGGGCGGCGCGGGCGGCGGGGGCGCCGGCUCGGGGGCGGCCGGCGGGACGGGGGGCAGCAGCGGCGGCGGCGGCUUCGGCGCGGCGACCUUCGCCAGCACCUCGGCUGCCCCCCCGCAGAGCAACGGGGGCGGGGGCGGCAAGCAGAGUAAGCAGGAAAUUCACAGGAGAUCUGCUCGUCUCAGAAACACUAAAUACAAAUCUGCUCCAGCGGCUGAAAAGAAAGUUUCCACGAAAGGAAAAGGGAGAAGACAUAUUUUUAAAUUAAAAAAUCCCAUCAAAGCUCCUGAGUCAGUUUCCACUAUAAUCACUGCAGAGUCAAUCUUCUACAAGGGAGUAUAUUACCAAAUUGGAGAUGUUGUUUCUGUGAUUGAUGAGCAAGAUGGAAAACCCUACUAUGCUCAGAUCAGGGGAUUUAUCCAAGACCAGUAUUGUGAGAAGAGUGCAGCGCUAACGUGGCUCAUUCCCACUCUUUCUAGCCCCAGGGACCAAUUUGAUCCUGCAUCCUACAUCAUAGGACCAGAGGAAGAUCUUCCAAGGAAGAUGGAAUACUUGGAAUUUGUUUGUCAUGCACCUUCUGAAUAUUUCAAGUCACGUUCAUCACCAUUUCCCACAGUCCCCACAAGACCAGAGAAGGGCUAUAUAUGGACUCAUGUUGGACCUACUCCUGCAAUAACUAUUAAGGAAACAGUUGCCAACCAUCUAUAGUUUGAAAAGCAAAGACUGUGAUUUCCAAGGAGACCAUUAGGAACAGGUAGUAUCUAUUUUUCUCCAUAAUUUAUUUCUAGAAACUCACGAAUGAAUUGUAUUUUCACAAUGAAGUUUUAAUUAAGGUUUGGAUUUCUUACCAAAGACUUAAUCAAAUAAAAUGUAGCUAUGGCCAACAAUAUCACAAAGUUAUACAAGCUUUGUUUUCUCAUUUAAAAAAUGCCAAUAUACUGUUAGCUAUUUUAACAACAGUAUGAAAAUGGGAAGAAGUAAGGAUUGCACACACUCACCUCUUCUACCCUGAUUUAACUAGCAUUUUUCAGCCCUAGGAAAAUUUGUCAGAAUCUAGUUUAAUUGUAAUGAUUUUGAGCUGUGACAAUUUUUCUACACUGUUAUAGUUUGUGGGUUGAAAAAAAGCAAAUGUAGAUAAUUAUGUACAUAGUCAUCUCUCUAUUCAAAAUAAAUAUAGUAAAAUCAGUUGUAAAUACCAUUGUAAAUAACUAAGAGCUAAUAUUCAAACUUUUGGAUUAAAAUGUAUUUUCCAUAGUGUAUUUCCAUUGAAUUUAUUUUGUUUAAACAAAAAGGAUUUUCUAUCCAAAAAUAUAUAAAUAGGAAUCACCAGUAUUGUAGUACUUGUAAUUUUUUGUGAAAAAUUAAUCAAUAUGUAAUUAAUUUUGGAAAAGUCUAGAAAAUGGCUGAUUGACAAAAUGAAAGUUUGGUGUAAGGUUUUUAUUGAAAUGAAGGGAAAAUUUUUUUAGAUCUAAUGUUUUAUUUAUUUAUUUUUUUACAUCUUUGUUAAUUUUGGGUAGUAUUUGAUUUCUACCCUCUGGUGUGGUCCCUGUAGUUAUCCGACCACCAUAGCACCAUGAUCUAACACUAUAGUCCUUUUGUGCUUUCCUCCCCUGUUUUGACCCCUUCUCUCUUCCCUUCCUUUACUCUGUGCCUCAGGUCUAUGGUCACCUUGCAAGUUUUGUCUUAAAUGAAGAAAAAUUUUAAACCAGUGUAUAUACUGACAUUUGUUCAUAAAUUGGUAGAUAUUUGUGUAAUAUCUUUUUAAACAAAGAUUAAAUUUUCACCUUUCUCCUCAACAAACACCAGUGGUUACCAUUGCUUACAGAAUAGAUUCAUACCUUUUCUCCUGUUACCAAAAGCCUGCUCUGAUAUAGUUCUAGUAUAUAUUCCCAGCCUUGUCUCCUUUUCACUCUGACUAAUAUUAUUCUCCUGACAACUUCCUCAUUUUCCUGGCUCAGAGAUCUUGUUCAUAUUGUUCCCUCCAGUUUACCACAGACUGCCUUAAAACCUUCAAAUUCUACCUCUGAGAUCUUUCCAGAUUAACAUGACUCCCUAAAAUCAAUCUGUGUCUUAGUCUGUUGUUGUAUAAGUAUCUAUUUCUACUGCCCAACCCCUAUUCCAUGGAGCACAGAGAUGGUAUGUUUUAUUUACAAAUCUUUGUAGUAACUCUCAGAGCACCUAAGCCAGGUCCUCACUUAAUAAGAGGUGACCAUGGGUCCAGAUUGGAUGCUAUUAAUUAAAUUACCUGUUGCGGGCCUCCCCUGGUGGCACAGCGGGUUGAACUCAGCACUGUGAAGCUGUCUGCAGCCUCUGCCAUGCAGGUUCUAUCCCAGCCGACUGGCGAGAUACCCACAUAGCGCAGCAGACCUCUCUUGUCGCGCCCGCUGCUCCCCUCAGCAGUGUAUUUUGGUUAGUCUGCCUGUUCUGUUCCCCGCUCUGUCUCUGGUGAAUCCUCUCAUCCCCCACACCUCUGGGCUGUACCCCAGUUCUUGUAUGUAUGAAUAAAUAAAUCUUUUAAAAUAAAUAAAUAAAUUACCUGUUGAUAUUUCAGUUAAUACUAGUUCCUACUAGUAUUAAAGUAUUAUGAACUGUCAACUUGAGUAGAAUUUCAAAUUGUAAUGUUCUAGAUUAGUAUUAGAUUGUUUUAAAUAUUGUUUUAACAGGAUGUAAAAAUGGACUCUCAAUAGUUCUCUUACACAUAUAAAUCUUACAUAAAUAAGUACUGAAAAAAAUAUCCCAAAAAGUUCAUGUUCUUAGCUGUGAAGGACUGCUCUAGGAGUGUUUGUUUUGCAUCAAGAAGUUUGAAUUAUGAUUCUAUUUUUAGCCAUAAGUAGGUGAAAUCAUGAGAACAAUGGAAUAAAAAUUACAUCUAUAUUUUUACAUGCAUGUGUGUUUAUAUACACAUAGGUACAUAAUUACAUUACACAUACUCAGAAUGAGAUUCUGUCAUGGUUUAGAGAAGGGAAUGGCAUUUUUGUGGAUUUUAUUUUGCCAACCUGGGAAUGGUUUAGGAAUGUGUACCGAUUGUAUAAACCAUACCUUUUGUAGGAAUUUGUUCCUCUUACACCCAAGAAAUAUAAGCCAAGAUGUCAGCUUCAUGAAGGAACAAGAGGGAACCUGAAGCCAACUAGAGCGGAAUGUUUAAAUAAGUUAAUGUGCAUUUGUGUGCAUUUUUCCAUUUUUCUUCCUUUCCGGUAUUUUUUUUUUUUUUUUUGGAGGUCUUCUGCAAUGAGCAUAUAUACAUGCAAACACACGCACUUGUUUGCAGACUGCCCAAGUGGUGGUAUGGGACUACCAGUUUUGUUUUUUUUUCCAUCUUUAAAGAUUUAUUUAUUUAUUUAUACAAGCACUGGGUACAGUCAGAAGCAUGGGAGGGUGAGAGAAUUCACCAGAGCCAGAGCUGGGAGCAGAGCAGGCAGAAGGACCGGGGUACACUGCUGAGGGGAGCAGCAGGCAGCAGGAGAGGUCUGCACGCCAUGUGGGACCCUCCUCUGGUGGCCGGGGAGCGGCCGGGGAUCGAACCGGCGCUGCAGAGGCCGCGGGCAGCUUCGCAACCCAGUGCUCAACCGCUGCGCCACUGGGGAGGCCCGACUACCAAUUUUUAAUCCACACAUAUAGAGAACAUUUUACAUAUGAUAGUUUUUUUUUUUUAAUUUAUUAUUAUUAAAAUUCUUCUUUAUUAAAGAAGCAAGCAAAAUAAAUGAACUAGACUUUGGGCUUUUUCUUUUUUUUCACUACUCCUGCCCCAGAUGAACUGGACAUUUGAAUCUAUAUAUCAAAGAUAAAUGCAAAACCCAAUUAAUUAAAACCAAAAAUUUACAGAAGUGAUCAUCAAGCCAAGAGUUACAAAGAGCAGUUUUUAAAGCCUUGCAAGGGAUAUACAUACAUGACAUACAAAGAAAUAAAGUCAGUGAUUUAGUUAAUUUCCUAUAUUCAUAUAGUGAUUCUAGGAAAGAUCUCAAGCAUGACCUCUUUUGGCUUAUCAACUCCUGGACCCAGUCCCUGGACUCUGAUGAAGAACACCAUGUUCUGCAGGGCACUUAAAUCACUCAAACUGGAGGAAAUGGCAAGGCUGAGACACUGGUACAGAUUCGAAGCUUGUCCCUUACUCUCCUUUACUCUGAGUCCAAAUUGCCUGUCUGACUGGUUUUAGAGAUUGGUGUUAGAGACUGUCCCACAAUUGUAAAGUAGAAUCUCUGUCAUAGAGCCUUUAUUCUCUAUCA